GGCGUCCGGGUCGACCACAGACACGUCCUCCCACAGGACAAAACCUCACCAUCAUCUGACACCCGAUAAUCAAUCACUGUGAUUGGAGGGAAAUAUUUUGACUGGAAACUUGUGAACAGGUCACAUGACCGAUCAGCGACGAACAGCAGGAUCCUGUUCAUGUGGAUUAUUGUUGGAUUAUUUCAGAAAAUCCUGAAAGAUGGCGCCUUCUUUGUCCUUAUCUGUCCUUCCUCUCCUCCUCCUCUACCUCAUCGCUGCCGUGGAGUCGAGACCGCCACCUCAACGGGACGACAAACAGGUGUUGCACACUCUGUUUGGCUCUCGGCUCUCUUCUCUUAUCUUGGCAACGGCCACCUCUGAUGAUGUCACUGAGGGCUCGGCGGGACCCGCCACCCCCACCGGAGUAUUGGCUCUGAGUCGCGGUGUUGGGCGGAGAUUGGGUGACAGACGGGAGGCGGUCCCUCGCUUCUUCCUCGACUUCCUGCAGCACCAGGCAAAGACGAAGAGGCGGACCCGGAAGUCGAUGGUGGGGGGAAGAGGAUGCUUCGGGAGGAAGAUGGACCGCAUCGGCUCCAUCAGCGGACUGGGCUGUUAGAGGCCGCGUUCACGUUGGUGUUGCCAUGGCAACCAUGUCCCUCCAAAAACUCUGACCUCAGGUUACCGUGGUAACUUGCAGAAAACGACCACCAACAAAGCUUGACUCCACCUGCGCCGUGUGUGACACCGUGAUGAUGUCACAGCAGGUGACGCUAGACUGACCUUACAUGACCUCUGACCUCUGAACGACCUCAGUCGCCUGUCAGUCAGAGAGGUCAUGUUGGAACUUUACUAAUGAAAGCAAACUCAGGUAGAAAUGUGUCCUACCGACGACCUCUGACCCCUGGCUACAACAAAGCUAGCAGUGUGUGUGUGUGUGUGUGUGCAUGUGCGUGUGUGUGUGGACCAGUUGCAGUUUGACAACAGGAAUAAAAUUGGAAACGGAAACUCAA